AGUCGUCUGUCGUCGCAAAACGAGUGGUAUAAAACUUUCGACAUAUCUAAAGUGUUUGAAAACGAGUCCUUCUGUUUAUUAAUUAAACAUCAAGAAUGCCGUCUGACAGACCGUUUAAACAAAGAAGAACAUUCGCUGAUCGGUGCAAAGAAGUGCAGCAAAUACGAGAACAGCAUCCAAACAAAAUUCCGGUUAUCAUUGAGAGAUAUAAGGGAGAGAAACAGCUUCCUGUCUUGGACAAGACCAAGUUUCUUGUCCCUGAUCAUGUCAAUAUGAGUGAAUUGGUAAAGAUUAUCAGGCGCAGACUGCAGCUGAAUCCCACCCAAGCCUUUUUCCUGCUGGUCAACCAGCACAGCAUGGUUAGUGUGUCCACCCCCAUCUCUGAGAUAUACGAACAAGAGCGGGACGAAGACGGCUUCCUCUACAUGGUCUAUGCCUCUCAGGAGACAUUUGGCUGCUAGGAUGGAGUUGAGUGUGGGAAGUGAGGUAGAGGGAGAACAGAAAGAAACCAUGAAAAACAAGGAUCAGACCAAGUGUACCUUUGUGCGAUCUCACUUUGUGCCCUAGCUUCUCCUCUGGUGGCAUUGAACAAACAGCGUGAUAAUUUUGUUUCUUCAUGACACUAAGGUGCAUACAAAAUCAACACUGUAUGUGCAAAUCUGCCUCCUUGUUUUUAGCUCUUUUUCUUUCUUUCUUUCUUUCUUUCUUUCUUUCUUUCUUUCUUUUUUUUUUUUCUCUAACAUAACCUAAAUUAACUGACCCUAAACAGAAAUGUUUGGGUGUGAGCAAGGAGCUGUUUUUGGCCCAAGUAAUUGUUUCUCUUUAAAGCUCUGGAUUUAAUUCCCCCUAAUUUGGGCCAGUCUUCAUGUAAUGUAGUCAUAUUCUUAAUGUUCUUGUAUAUAGUUGAGUCAAAGGUAGUGAAUCUGUCUUUGUCUCUUCUUUUUGUUCUCUGCCUCAGUUUUAGACAUCUGGCCAAUUGCUUGUAGUUAAUUACUUAAACAGAUAUUUAUGCUAGAUUAGGAUGUUUGAAUCUUAAUUCAGGAUCAGGAGUAAAACAAGUCUACAGUAAUUCAGUUUAACUCCUGCCAAAAGGAUUGCCUAACCCCAAAGGAAACUGUGUAAUUCCAUUUCAGGAACUGUAGCACUUUGGUUGUUCCUUCACAGAAGAGAGUUUCAUUCUUAAGAAUGUUUCCCUCUUUGUCUCCCUAUACUAUAUAUAAAGUAGGACACUGAGUUGAUGGUGAACGGUUAGGGAGAUACAAGACAUACUCUGAUCCCUCUGACUCUGUCUCUCGUACUGUAACACAGUAAUGUUACCCUGUAGGUUUAUAGCCACUCUAGCCAAACUUUUGGAUCUAGGAUUUUGUGAUUUUCUGUAAAGUAACUGACAGGUUGACAAGUUGAAAUGUAAGGCACUGUAGCCUUGAUGUUUUGCCUAAAUGUCCAUUUUCAUACAGUUUCAGUCUAUUAAACAUUUGUGCCGUUCACCUGUGCAAUGUAGAAUCAAGAAUGCAAUCUGCUUAGGACUGAAUUUGACACUUUCCAGUCUGUAAGGAAGUAGCCAGAGGAGCGUUUGUAGGAUUUGAAACAAAGCGGAAGUCUCUCAUGGCAUACAGUUCUUUGCAGUAAUGGUCUCUACUAAAUAAAUAUGCUUUUUUUGCACAUAUAAACAGUGAGGACAUCAAACUCUGUAUUGAAUCUAAAAAGCUAAAUAAUAAUAAUAGCACAUAAUUGUUGUUCUAUUUUAUACCUGGUCUGUUCCCUUUAGCUCACCAUACUAUUUGUAUGCCUUCUGUCUAAACUUCAGUGAAGGGGUUAUGAUGCACUACAUACCUUGCAUGUUUUUCUCAACCUUUUUUUAUAUAUUGAUUUAUUCUUUAGGUUUGUUAAUUAUUUUAACUUUAUUUAAAUGAAAAUUAAAGUCUUUUUAGAUGUUUCCAUACCAAAUAUAAAAUAUGUAUGUGUAUGUGUGUUGGAAUGUUUGAAACACAGCUGUGUGUAUAAAUCAUUAUGCGAUCAACUCCUGAUCCUUAUUCCUCAGUUUCAUAUUGAUCCACAGUGACAUUACAUUGAUUAAGAUUAUGAGGUGUACCAACCUGUAAGAGGUCAAUAAAAAAUAAACAAGCUAAAUCUGAUCUGAAA